UCACAGAAUACACACACAAAAUUCACAGUAAUAAUUCUCCUAAUACAUAUUGUAUGUCCAUUUUUCACUAUUUCCAUUAUCCUUGUCCAUUCUCUAGAUCUUUUAGAUUCGAUUCAGAGCCAUUCGUGUUGUUGCACUUGCAAGAACACUGCUAGUGAACUUCUCCCUAACAGUUUUUAUCUUUGGAUUGCUGUGGCCUUCUCUCAGUGAUCUCUUUAGCUUUAACUUCUCACUCUGAAAAUCAGCUAUCCUGUACUUUGUGUUGUAUGCCAUAGCCUCAUCCCAGAUAGAGAGUGGUGAGGUGUAGGGGGUCAUGAUGUGUCUUGAUAGAAAAAGUGCUGCAGCUGCUUUCUUUGAUGGCAAUAGAGAGGAGCAGGAGUGGUCAAGCAAUGAGAGCUCCAGGAUGUACUUUGCCAGGUUGUGGAUUCUCGUGGUUGUUCCCAUAAUUGUCGAGUAUCGCCGGAGAAAGGUGAUACCGUGUGGCCGGUUGAAUUGGUAGUCGAGUUUUUUGAGGAUGUCGAUUUCUUUUGUAAGCACUUCGGCCUUUGUGUACGUGCUGUCUGUGAGAUAGACCAGUUCAGUUAAGGUUGGUGGGUAGAUCUCCUCGUACUUGGCUGCAAUGAACAGAGCUGCCACUCCGAGCAGCUGUAGUUUGCUCUUAGGUAGGCUGGGCUCCAGCUGCAUAAUUAUAAUUAUGGUAAAAAAACUUUAAAAAAAAGUUGAAGGAUAAUAUUCAUGGUAGAUAAAAGUCUUAUGAGAUAUUAAACUAGUCUAUACCAUUAUUUUUGUAAUUGUACUCACUUGAACAAUUCUGUCCAGAAUAUCCACACACAGGUACAUGGUGUCGCUGAGAAGUUUAAACCUCUGCUGCACUUGAAUGAGCCAGUCAAUCAGCACAGAGCGAUGCGGAGCUUUUACCUUGUACGUGCUCGAAUUCAGAAACUCUCCCUCUAUGAGAUACACAUCCUUCCUCUCAACUCCAAGCAGGUGAAGACGCCCACUGGUAACUAUGGCUGCAAGAAAAGAUCUGCAGAGAGAGAAGGCAUGCUACAGAAGAAGAUGUUAUCUAAAGUAGGUUCUGCAGUGUUCUGCCUUGCAACUGUGCUGUCCCUGCAAGUACUGUGGUGUUCUACAGCUUCUGCACAAAUUACUGAUCCUGCCAUGCCUACCACCAUGCCUACUAUCAGCACCACUACCAUGCCUACUAUCAGCACCACUACCAUGCCUACUACCAGCACCACCAUGCCUAGUACCAGCACCACUACCAUGCCUACCACCAUGUCUACUGAUCCUACUGUGCUGCCUCCUGAGGCCAUAAUAGGCAUUGCAGUAGGUGGGGCAGCUUUCCUAGUUCUUCUAUUGUGUUGCUGUGUGUGUCUCUGCUGCUGCUGUGUCAGGAGGAGGAGGAGAAAGUCAUACAACCCUGGUCCUACUCAGCUCUCUACCACGCUCACCUACAAUGCCACUCCCAGUGAUAUGAAUGGCUUUCAUGACAACAAAGCCAAUGAGAAUGAGUUUGAAAUGCAAAUGAACAUUGCUGACCAAUCUGUAGUGGUUUCAGGGACAUCGUACGGUGAAUCUGUAGAGACUAGAAUACUCUCAACUCGACAAGUGAAUCCCUCCAAACCACAAGCCAUGCUGCCACCAGACAAGGGAUAUGUAAAGAUGAUCUCAGCUGCUGCUACUGCCUCCUCCACUGAAGAGGUGGAUGGUAUAUACCUCAAUGCAGACACAGCCAUCUCUGCUGAUAUUACACCUCUGAGUGGUAGUAGACCACCAGUCUCGUUGCUCAAGUCCAGUUCCUCUCGGGAGAGACUAGAAGAACCAGUUGAGCAUGUGGAGGAGGGACAAGAGGACUUGUACGUGGAGACAAACGUGUUCGUUGAGGACCGAGAACAACAACACUCUGAUAGCUAUUACAACAAGGACACCAUAGAGACAAUCAGACAGAACAGAUCUUUGAUCGACGUGCUUGACCCAUCCCAAACCCACACUGUGUACGCCAACAUCGACCCACCGCCCACUCCCGAACACACCCUAAAACCCAUAGAGGACUACGAGAGCGUUGACGAGUUCCUAGGCAACGGCAGUAGGGCUCCAAGCCCACCCCCCAAUACAGAGUAUUACAACUUUAAGCCACCAUCGAGCAGUGUACAGGACGAUGACUACAAUUACGUAGAAGUCACUAAACCAGUUUCUACUGAGACGGAAAAUCCAUACCUUCUUGAGGACAACCAGUACAUCUAUAUGGCCCACUCUGGCUCAAACGCAGCGGAUCAACAAACAGCCACUUCCACUACUGAAGAGGAUUCAAGCAGCUAUCAGAAUAUUCCCGACUUUGUGGGCACUGGUGGCGCCAGAGAGAGAAUGGACUCUAAAGGAUACACACACCUCGAAUACGAAGGAGGGGAGAGGCCAAUUGCGGGACAGUCGGCAAGCACGGAUAACAAACCUCAUACAAGCUCAAAAACGAAAGUUAUGGCUGAGUUGCAUUUUCCACCCAAAAGUGGAUCAACGACUUCUGAUACCAGCGUUAGUAACAAGAAACAGUACGUGAACUUAUUACUAGGGGACAGAGAUGAGGAGCUGUACGAGGAACUUACGUAGUUAGUGUGUUAUACUGAUUAUUCGUGUGCGCUACUUUCUCCUCUAGCUUAUAAUGUAUAGCCAAUCAUACUGAGCAAUUUCUUACCCCCCCACCCCCC